UGGGCGGGGCUUCGAGUCGGCUUUCAGGACAGAGCAGCAGAAUGGGGGGCUAACAGCAGCAACAGGAGGACUUUGAGGAGCUGAGGAGGACUUUCUGACAGUUUAACCAUGAAGAAGCAGAUCUGAGGUGGUUUUUAACGCUGUUAUCAUGAUCCGGACUCUGAGCGCGGUGUCCUUUAGGGCUCCUGGAGCGGCUAAACUGCUAAAGGACAUCCGGAGAAGACAGCUGCACAGGUGAGACACAAGUGACAGAGAGGAGGAGGAGGAGGAUCAGGGCUGCAGAAGUCUGAGUAUACUCAUUUAAAAUCAGAGAAAUCCUGAUUUCUUUGGUGUGUUUCUCACUGACUGUGAGCUCAGUUACAGACCAGCCGGUGUCUGCUUUAAUGACUUCCAGAGACUCUGCCAACAACCAGAUUACACAACAUUUCAAGAGUCUGUCUAACCUGAUCUACACACCUCACCACAUUGUUUUAACACACCAAACACGUGCACAUACAUAGGCCUACAGAGACAAUGAAAUGUACAGUCCAGUAUUCACUUUUCUGUAACCUUAUUUAACCUUUACUUCAAUGGGAGUAAAACCGAGUUUAGGGUUAAUCAUUUAUUUUUCUACUUCUAAGUCAAAUACUGUCAGUGUUUUAUCUCUGUAAUCACUUCUAAAUAAGACUCCUCCCUUAAUCAUCCCUUUCAUGACUUGUAUAUUGAUUAGGGCCCGACCGAUUUAUCGGUGAGCCGAUCAAAUCGGCCAAUUUUAGCCCGUUUGAGUCUAAUCGGCAAUCGGCCAAAACUCGCCGAUUUUCGCCGAUAUUUGCAGAAAUAAAACACAGAGCUUAAGAUUCGGUUUCACUUUGAAAAUGUUCUGCCAUUUGAAAAGUGAAACCCGACUUAUCCUGUAGAUGGUAGUUGAAAACGCUUUUCUGGUUUGAGUUUGAUCAGUCGGUCUUCCUGUCGGUGUGAAGAGCAGCAGCCUACAGUAUAUCUACAGUCGAUAUCUACAGUAUAUCGGUCGGGCCCUAAUAUUGAUAGUAUACUAAUAACAAUGUCCAACAAUGGUAUGAAACACAACAUUAGAUAUAAUAAGAGACAGUAAAAACAUAAAUAUGUGACACCAUGCCGACUCAGAGCUCAGCAGCAUGACUUAGACCUCCAUAAACACGCAGACAUAUUUCAUAAUGUCAUUUUAAAGAGAGAAGUAUAACUUUGCAUGGCAACAGUGGAGGAGGCUUAAAGAGACCGUAGCGUAAUCAAAGCUGAAAUGAGAGUUUUCAAAGUCACCUUUUGUAAGUUUAAUGAGGACAUCUUUGAGCUGCUUCAGAAACAUCACAGGGACCAGAAAAAGUCUGAAAAUGAGUCCAAAACGUGUUAGAGUGAGCAGACUGUAAAAUGUUCAGUAUUUACAGGGCAGUAAACGGACACAGAGUCGGAUGAAGGUCUUGUUUCUGGAGUCCUGAUGUUUGACCUGAGGGCUCAGGAUCAAACGUGGAGGAUGUGAGCGGGUAAAGACCCACAAAAUGUUCAAAUAGUUCACAAAUUUAAAGGUAAAAUGGAAAAACAUUUUACUGACAGAUCUGUGUUUUUAUAAAGUGAGUUUUCGUGUCAUUGUAAUGUUGGUGCAGCUGUCACUAACUGAGCUGCUGUACAGUAAACACAGACGGUUCAUUGUGAGAUAUCCACAGAACAUCAGACAGGAGUUCAGGUUUGAUGCUGAAAAGACUCGGUUCUCUGUGAUCAGUCUGGAGCUUCAGAAGAUGUUCUGCAGGAAACGAUCACAUCUCUGUUGUUCCUUUAUCCAGGAUUGUAAAGGUGUAAAUCUAAUCAGCUGUAGAGUCACUUCAUCAGCUUUAAUCAGUCUGUGUUGACGUUGUUUUGUCUGACAGACACAGACCCUCAUGUUCAUGUGGAGAGCUCAGAUGUCUCCAGACUGAACGUUCACACCUGCUGUCACCGUUUCCUACGUCUGCUAAACCUGCUCCACCUCCGCUCUCGUUUGCAUGAUUUCAGACUCGUAGCUGUCGGAGCACGUACAGUCUGACUUUACAAGCUGGAAACUUAUUUAGCAUUUUUUUAUUGAAACCUACACACUGUACUGACUCACUCUGUGUAUGCAAAUAAAAUCAUGCUCCAGCUUGUUUUCAAUGAAAUAUCGACUGUAUGUUGUAAUGUAAGGUUGGUGAUUCAUGGCAGCUUCUCUGGGAUUAUAUAAGAACUGAGUUUCAUUGCAGAAUAACAAACAUAAUAACAGAUUAAGGUCUUUUCAGCUUUAAGGAAGAAUGUCUGAGCGUGUUUUUACAGGUGUAGGUGGUCAAACCUCAGCGUAAAAGAUCAUAAAGUGAUAUUUGUUUUUGCAGAAAGUGUUCCUCUAAACGAAGAUGCAGUUUCCAUGAGCUGUUUUUGUUUGUUGCUCCCUCCAUACGUCGCUUUGCAUGUUUCUAAUUAGCAGAAAUUAAAACAAGAUGCUGCCCGGCUGUACCUGAGCUCCUGCUGUGUGUACGAGGACUUUAGGUUUAAUAUGUUCUCUCAGACCUGAACGUCGUGUUCCUGCAGAUUCUCUUUAUUUUUCUCAAAUGCAUCACGAUGAGAAUUCUCAGAGAACUUCUGCAGAAACGGUUCACUUUAACAAAACCUCCCUAACCGUGAGUGUAAAGGUCUGUUAGCUGCUCAUACAUACAGUGGAGCUCAGUUGGACGUUGAACCUCUGACCUAAAUUUUCUGACCUCUUUCCCUCCUGGUCAGUUAUUAAUCUUAAAUUUGCCUCUAAACUCGCCUGUCCUCUGUUUGUUUUUUUUUGUGUUUUCAGCACGUAUGACGUGGCCGUGGUGGGCGCCGGUAUCGUGGGUCUGGCCACGGUCAGAGAGCUCAUCCUGAGACACCCGUCACUCAGCUUCAUCCUGCUGGAGAAGGAAAAGGAGCUCGGUGGGUGGAGAUGGAGAGUAAAACAAAGAGAGUCUCAUGUUUUGUUUCUCUUUCAUUCUUUCUGUUUGCAUUUAUUCUUGUUAAACCUUCUGCGUUGAAUCUUGUUUGUCUUUCUCACCUGGAAGAACUGAUCUUCCUGAGCUUCUCCUAUCUUUUCUUUUCCUUUUAAAGCACUUUGUAUUUUUUUUUUAUGUUUUUAAAGGUGCAGCUGAAAAGUUACUUAAUUGUAGGUCGAUUAAACUUCGACUCUCAGAUCACAACACCAGACAGGAACGUUUGAGCAGAUCAGUUUCACAUCCACAUAAUAAAUAACUGAUUUAUAAAGUCACGCCAGGUCAAAGGUCAGUUUUUCCUCUAUCAGAUUAGAGCGAGAACAUUUAUAAACAGACAUAUUAACAUCAUCUGGAGGAAGGAUCGAGCUGCAGCUGCUGAUUUCACUUUUAUUCUGCGUUUAAAGUGAUCGAUCCUGUAACUACAAAAUAUUUCAGAUUCCUUUUAUUUUCUUUUUUUUUUUACUUUUUAUUUAUUUACAGAACAUAAGGGCCUUAAUGGGUGAUACAGUUGAAAUGGAAAUAUUCUUUUACACAUAAAUCACAGCCAAAUGUCAGACUAUUCAAGGUCCAUACCUCCAUACCCCCUUCUUUUUAUGGCUUUCCAAAAGAAUCUUCAACAGGUUCCUGUCCUUAUGUCGGACUGUUUCUGGGAUUUUACUGAGAUAUAAAACAACAAAAGAAAAAUCUAAAUCCACCCCUAUUAUUUUAUUGAUCUCGGUUGACACCUCCCUCCAAAAUGACUGGAUCUGACUGGACAUGAAAGUGAUUAGCCUUAGGUUUUUCCACAUUGUUAAUUUGUUAAUUUAGGGGUUAUGAAAAAUCUCACCACAUUCUUCCAGCCGAACUCUCGGUUGUCGCUUGUGUCUCACAUGUUUCUAUCUGGGUCUCUUCUGAUGUUUGUAUUCCUGACUCCGUCUACCAUUUUUGUUUAAUAGAUAACGUCGAAUAAUUUUUAGAGGCUUGUGUACUUUCGUAAAUUCUUGAAACAACUUUUUAUGAUCUUUCUUUUUAUAUGCCUCAUGAAAUAUGGACGCUAAAUUGUAUUCCGUAAAAGUCAAAACAGUGUUGAAAAAGAAGAAAAAGCUCAGUGUUCCCCCUCAGACAUCAGCACUUCUUAAAUUUAACUUUAUCAAACAUACAGUUUUCUCCUCUUAGGCUGUAAAAAAAACUGAAAAUCUGACAUUUAAAGUCAUGUUCUAACAGCAGGGCUGCUUUUUAAAAAUAAAGAUAUUUAAUGUGAAUGAUAAAAACUGAGCAGACACUCUGUACACAACUUCAACUACUACUUUAUCCAACAAGUAAUCCUGAAGCAAACGAGUGAUGGUGAAUAUCCUGAAACGAGUUAAUUUGAUCUCAAAUUGAAUCGAUGAAAAAUCCCCAAAAUAUCUGAUUAAUCUGAUUUUAUUCAUCUGUUGAUCUUUAAAGAAAUCCUGUUUUUUAUUAUACUGAUCUUGAAUUUCUUCUCCUCUGUCGUCUUCAUCAGCGUUUCACCAGAGCGGACACAACAGCGGGGUCAUCCACAGCGGGAUCUACUACACGCCGGGGUCUCUGAAGGCUCGUCUGUGCGUGCGCGGAGCGACGUUAGCCUACGAGUACUGCGAGAAGAAAGGGCUGCCGUACAACAGAUGUGGAAAGGUCGGCGUCACGUCUGUAACAGGAUAAUAUCACCUACAACAAUAACUGUGAAAAAAUUAUCAUGAAAUAGUUUUGUCUUCUUGUUUCUUUUUGUGUUUCAGCUCAUCGUGGCCGUAGAGCAGGAGGAGAUCCCCCGUCUGAAAGCUCUGUACGAGCGCGGCAUGAAGAACAAAGUGCGAGACCUCAGCAUCGUGGACGCCAAAGGGAUCCGAGAGCGAGAGCCGUACUGCAGGGUAAGCGCCUCAGAGACGCCGCUGUGAUUCAUGCCGGAGAAAAGACGCCGGUGAAAGCCUCGCUCCUGUUUUUCUCUCAGGGUAUCAUGGCCCUGGACUCUCCUUACACCGGCAUCGUGGACUGGAGGAUGGUGGCUCUGAGUUACGGCGAAGACUUCAAGGAGGCGGGAGGGACGGUGGUCACUGACUCUGAGGUCACGGAUAUCUGCAUGGUGAAGGAGAGUCCAGCUGGGAGCUCUGAAGGUAUGAGACAUGAUCAGAUUCAUAAUCAAACAAAAACCUUAACAGUCUAAAAAAUCCUCCUUAUCUUCUCAUUUUCAGGAAUGACAUAUCCGAUCGCAAUCAGAGACGUGAAGGUGAGACACCUGCGAACGUCAGCCUCACACUUCUGAGAUUGUGUGCAGGUGUUUAACUUUUUCUCAUGAUGUUGUUCGGACAGGGAAACGAGGUGCGGUGUCGUUACGUCCUGACCUGUGGGGGGCUGUACUCAGACCGCCUGUCGCAGAUUUCUGGGUGUAGUCCAGAACCUCGAAUCGUCCCCUUCAGAGGAGAUUAUCUGGUCCUGAAGCCGGAGAAGCACUACCUGGUCAAAGGAAAUAUCUACCCUGUAAGUCUGAAGGAGAGGACGUCCUGUUUUCCUUUUUCUAAUCGUCUUUUUAUCGAUUUAUUUCUUUAAAAAAAGGAGAUUUGUCUAAUAUCUGUUGGGUCUUUUUAAAACGUCUCUAUGUCUGUUCGAUUUGUUCCCUCCUAAAGGUCCCUGACCCCCGGUUCCCCUUCCUCGGAGUUCACUUCACCCCGCGCAUGGACGGGAGCGUGUGGCUCGGCCCGAACGCCGUCCUCGCCUUUAAGAGGGAAGGUUACAACGUGUACGACUUCAACGCCCGAGACUUUGCCGACGCGCUCUCGUUCAGGUACAACAGAUGAAAAAAAAAAACAAACACUGAAGAUUUUAACGCGUCCUUCAGUUUCUGCAAAAGUUUGAUGAGACGUUUGAGUUUUUGUUUUCUUUAUAUAAACUAAAAUCCACCGUUAGCACUUUGAUUAUUGUAUUUUUAAGGCUGUUUAACAUGUUUUAACUUAUGAAGAUACACUGACUGAGCUCUGUCUGAAACUUUUUUAACUUGAUGAAAUUGUCAAAUUUAUGUUCAGAAGUCACUACUGUUAGUUUUGCUAUUUUAAAGUAUAACAAGGCCGUAUGCUCACUGCUUAUUCCACUUGAUUAACAUUGAUAUUUAGUGAUAAAACUGCUUCUAAUCAGGUAUAAAAAUUGGUUCUUUCUCAUAGUUUCCAGUCGUCUUCUGUAAAUUUAUUGAGCGUCUUUAUAAAGUAGAUUGUGUAAGAGUAAAACAACAAAGUGACCAUGUGUAAUCUUUGUAAUCUUUGUCUCCUGCAGGGGUCUUCAGAAGCUGGUGUUGAAGCACAUGACCUACGGGCUUGGAGAGAUGUAUCGAGGGGUUUUCAUUGGUGCACAAGUAAAAAUCCUGCAGAAGUACAUCCCUGAACUCUCUCUGAGUGACGUCCUCAGGUACGGUGGAGACGAGUCUAUUUCAGAUUUCAAUGUUGUCUCUAACUUUACUGACUUAGACUUAGACUUUGUUCCUGUUGGAACAUUGGGCGAUGAGUCCCCUCCAUUCGCUCCCUUCUUGCUCCAUGCUAGCUGACUCCCAUCUCGCUCAGGUCUUCCUCGGCUGUUUGUCUCCAUGUCUUCUUUGGCCCCCCUCUCCUUGCCACACUUGCCGCUAUUUUUCUCUUGGCAGUCGGAGUCCAUGUCUGGUCAUUCUCUUUCUCCUGUCAGAGACGAUGAAGGGUGCUACACCUGCCCUUCUCAUCACCUCUUCAUUGGUGAUGUGGUCUCUCCAUGAGAUCUUUAAGAUGGAUCUGAGGCACCGUCGAUGGAAGACAUCCAACUUGUUGGUGAUGCUGGCUGUCUUCGUCUACGUCUCACAGACGUAGGUCGCUGUAGGGAUGACCACUGACAUAUAGAGGCGUAGCUUUGUGGCCAUGGUGACGGAUUUUGACAACCAGAUGUUCUUUGCCAAUUCUGGUCUGUACGUCUUUCUCCACAUCUCUAGUAUUUGAGAUGUUGCUUCCGAAGUUCUCGAUGUACUCUAUGUCGUGUUCGCCGAUGGUGAGUGGUGGAAGGUGUUGAUGUCGUGUUGCGGUCAUGGCCUUGGUCUUUUCUUGGCUCAUACGUAGACCGACUUUUGCUCCUCAUGCAAGUUGUUUGUCAAUUCUUGGAGUGCAACGUGGGCGUGGCUAAUGAGCGCUGAAUCGUCUGCGAAGUCCAGAUCUGCCCCCUUGACGUUGCGGUUUUCCCCGAUGACAGUUUUCCUCAUCACAAGGUCAACGACUCUCUAACUUUAGUUGUCGUGUUUCUCCGCAGGGGUCCCGCCGGAGUGCGAGCUCAGGCUCUGGACAGAGACGGAAACCUGGUGGACGACUUUGUGUUCGACGGCGGGGUCGGGGACGUUGGCAGUCGAGUUCUUCACGUGCGGAACGCUCCCUCGCCAGCGGCCACCUCCUCCCUCGCCAUCGGUGAAAUGAUCGCAGACGAGGUGGAGAACCGCUUCGCGCUCUAGAGGAACCAAAGCGAUGCAGCCUGAGGCGCUGAGACGAACUGUCAGAACCUCAGCACCACUGUCGCCAUUUUUACGGGUCACGCCUUAAUUUGGAGGGAGACACUUUCUUUAUGACCUGUUUUACCUGAGUUUAGCUGUUCCAGGUCCUGCUGUUUGUUUACUCCACCACAUUUCAACUCACACUGAAUUCUUUGUGCACUUAAAGGAGUGCAUGAGAGGAAAUGUUCAAUAAAACAGACUGAGGUUAAAGUCUGAGGCGGUCGAAUAGAAAUAUACACCAAAAUCCUGUUUUAAUGGUUCGUUCUGAGUCUGAAGUUUGAGUUUAGCUGAGGGCUUUCCCUGUGGAUUCUUGUUUUUUUGAUUUAUUGGAGUUUUUUUUUUUUGCUGCUGACAGGAUGAGAACAGUUUUUUUUCUGUUUUUAAAGUCACUGCAAGACUUUUACUGAACGAAGUUUUAAAAAACAAGUAUACUGGAGAUGUAGAUAAAGAAGUUUGUUGGCCUCAAACAUCAAAAAUUGUGAUAUGAUUAAAUAUAUUUUCAUGUUGAAGCUGCAGGACGCACAGUUUACUAUGAAAAAGCAGGUUUUCUGACUUUGUUCGAAACUUUUGGGCAUUUUACCUGCCAGAAUAACUUUGUCAGGAAAUAUGAAACUUAAAUUAUAUGGAAAAUAGAAAGUCUAAUUUUAUAACAUAUUUACAUAAAUGUAAACGGAGGACUUUGGAUGGUUUGUUUUUUAUUUGUGUGUGGCUAUUUCAUAUAAUUCUGCUUGGAUUUGAUCGUCAUAAGACCUCAAAAGUUUCCUUAAAUCUGUUUAGAUAAUGUUUCCAGAAAUGUGGUCAACCCCAUACUGUCACUUUUACUCAUUAUGGAUAAAUAAUUGAUUUUCUUGGAUGAAGAAAACUGUUUAUUGAAAGGCAAACACACCUGUAUUCUCUGUGCCAAAUAUUGUUUAAUAUAUUUCCUCACAUUUAAAACAGGUUUUCCUAUAAUCGUGGAGAAUGUCGUUACUGGAUAAUUAUCAUGAUUAUGGUGGUUCAAGUAUAAGAUCUUAUUAGUUUUGACUCUUUUGUGCUUGAAACGUUUUGCCUUUUGUGUCCCUGAGUGGUGCAAAGGUUCCUUUUGUCCACUAGGAGGCAGAAUCACAGCAGCAAACAUUCAUUUUGAGCCUUGAUGUAAAAACAAAACGUGUUUAAUUUAAUGCUUUUGCUUCAAAAUGUCGUUUUGUAUGUUUUUACUGGAGGUGCAUGUGUAAAAAUAAAUUAAAUAUAUUAUUUGAUUUUGCUCACCUAAUAAAGUGCAGUUUGUUAAGGUU